CUCAUCCAAACCCUACUUCUAUCCACCGGCCGCCUCCACCACUACCAUAGCGGUAGCCUCGCCGGCCGCCUCCACAAGCCAUGACACACCCCUCCAAUAGCAGCGACUUCUGCCUCCACGUUCCAAAAACCCCGCCAUCCGUCGUUGUCCAGCCGCGAAUUAGGUGGCUCCGUUCCACAUCAUCGUUUGAGAGAGAGUGCCAUGAAGUAUAUAUAUAUAUAUAUAUAUAUAUAUAUAUACAUACAUGGAUGGUAACGAGAGUGAGAAGCAGAGCAGUGGCGGAAGGCAGAACCAACAUCCAAAGAAAGGCAUAGAGAAAGCAAAAAGUAUGAUUUCAAAUGGUAUGAAUCCAUGGCUCCGCCUACUCCUUGCAGCCGCCGCCAACUUCGUGCAUCCGACGACGAUGACUCUGUGCAACCCACAAUGAUGACUCCGUGCAGUCGAAGACGACCCCGUGCAGCCGACAGCGCCACUAUCUUUCUCUCCGGGUCGGCGACUGUUUGUUUCUCGGACGGUGAAUCGGCGAGGGGUUCGACGGCUUUGUAUCAUUUCCCGCGACGACGACUAUUUGUUUCUCUGUAUGGUGAAGACGGCGCACCCGCGAGGUUGAUUUCACCUCCUCCGGAUUCUGAGUCGGCUAUUGGCGAGAUUUGAUGCAUUGGUAGUGAUCUAUUAUUUUGGUAGUUAUCUUCUCACAAUUAUAGCUUGGCGUGGAAUGGUAGUGUUCAUUGGUAUGUUUGCAAUGGUAGUGUUCCAGUUUUAUGCAAUUGUAGUGUUUGCAAUGGUAGUGAGUUUUAUGCAAUUGUAGUGUUUGCAAUGGUAGUGUUCGAGUUUUGGUAGUGUUCAUUGGACUUUUUGUGUGUUCAUUGGUAUGUUUGCAAUGAAUGAAAUUCAUACCAAACUAAUCAGACACAAUAAUACGUUGCACAAUAAGGCAAAAUCAAUACCAUUUCAAUAAUGAUAAUCACAAUACCAAUCCAAUUCAUACCACCAGAAUCAAUCCAAUAUGAAAUUUGUACCAAUACAAUCUGUAUAGAUUU